AUGGCAUCAGGGAAGAUGAAGCAAUGGGUAACCGCCCAAGACGGCCUCGCAAAUCUACAGCAGGUCGAGGCAGACGUGCCUCAGCCGAAGGAGGGUGAGGUUCUCGUCAAGAUCAAUGCAGUAUCGCUGAACUACAGAGAUACUGAAGUGAUAAUGGGACUCUACGGCCACCACGCCUCCGUUGCCCAAUCCCAAUCUCUCGUCCCCUGCUCUGACAUGUGCGGCACAAUCAUCACGCCCGACUCCGCCAACACCUGGAGGGCCGGCCAACGUAUCUCCGCCAUCUUCAACCAAACGCACCUCAGUGGCCAGAUCCAGGAGCAGGACAUGUCGUCCGGCCUCGGACUACCGCUUCCAGGAGUCCUGACGCAAUACCGCUGCUUCCCUGCCUCGUCUCUUGUCGCUGUGCCGGACUACCUGACUGACGAGGAGGCGAGCUGUCUCCCCAUCGCCUGCGUAACUGCUUGGAUGGCGGUCAAUGGGUUUCGAUUGCUGGGUCAGCCAGCCAGGGAUAUGGGCGGAAAGGAGACUGUGCUCAUCCAAGGCACUGGCGGCGUAGCGAUCGCCGGUCUUCAAAUAGCGCAUGCAGCCGGCCUGAAGACCAUCGUCACAUCGUCUUCCGAUGCGAAGCUUGUCCGCGCACAAAAGGACUUCGGCGCCGAUGCAACGAUCAAUUACCGCUCCAACCAGGACUGGGAGCGCGCGGUCCUCGAUGCCACGGAUGGCAAAGGUGCUGACAUCAUCUUCGAGAACGGCGGCGCACGCACCCUUCGCAAGUCGUUCGACUGUGUUGCCUUCGGCGGUCUUAUCAACUGCAUCGGAUAUCUCUCAGGUAAAGAGGAUGACCCCGGGGACAGGGUCAACACGAAUGUGCUGGCGCUGAAGCGGAACGUGACGCUCAAAGGCCUGCUCAAUGGACCUAAGGAGCGGUUCGAGGAGAUGGUGAAGUUUUAUGCGGAGAGCGGGAUCCGGCCGGUGGUAGAUCGGGUGGUUGGGUUUGAGCAGGCGAGGGAAGGUUUGGAGUAUUUGUAUUCUGGUGGUCACUUCGGCAAGGUGGUUGUUAGAAUCGAUUAG